UUCAUUCCGCUUAUCCUCAAUAUUAUUUAAGUAAAUAAAAAUAAAUAAAGCUUUUUGUCCAAUUUUACUUAGGAAUUGUUGAGUUUGUAUUAAAUUUACCGAUUUUUUAAAUAAAAAUUGAAAUAAAUUAUAUGUAUAAAAUGUCAUCACAAAAAUCUCCUUUAAUAGGAAAGUUAGUCAAAAACUUUAAGUCCAAUCAGCGUUUGAGAUCCAAGAAACCUAUAGAGUCCGAAUCAGAAACUCAAAGCUCAUACUUUUCUCCUAGUAAAAAAGCUAACUCAAGUAAAAAGGCGGUUAACGAAAACAAUAAAAAUCGAAAUAUUAUUAAGAAAGAAGUUGAAAAAGAAGAAAGCUUGUCUCCUGUAAAGAAAGCUAGACUAAAUCAAUCAAAAGUAAAAAAAUUAGAUGUUGUAAAAGAAGAAAAGAAAGAAAUAAAAACAAAAGAAUUGGCGCAAGAUGAAAAGUGGAAUCCACUAAACUGGGAAAUAAUACUUGAUAACAUUAGGAAGAUGAGAUCGGAAUCACCUGCUCCCGUAGAUACAAUGGGAUGCAAUAAAUGUUAUGACGAAAAUGCUACUGAAAAAGAAAAAAGAUUUAAUAUACUGCUUUCUUUAAUAUUAUCACCACGUACUAAAGAUGAAGUAACCUAUGGUGCCAUGACUAGGUUAAAAGAAAAUAUUAUACCAUUAACACCCGAGAACCUGAUCAAAAAGGAGAAGGAAACUCUAGAAGAACUAAUUAAACCUGUCGGAUUCUACAAAAAUAAAACAAAAUAUAUUGUUAAAACAUGUGAAAUUUUAAUAAAUAAGUACAAUUCAGAUAUUCCGGGUUCAUUGGAAGAAUUAAUGGAUUUACCAGGAGUUAGCUCAAAAAUAGCACAUAUUUGUAUGAAUACAGCAUGGAAUAUAGUAACAGGAAUUGGUGUUGAUGUACACGUCCAUAGAAUAUCAAAUCGAUUGAAAUGGGUUAAAAAGGAAACAAAAACACCUGAAGAUACAAGAAAAGAAUUAGAAUCUUGGGCUCCAAAAGAACUUUGGGGUGAAAUUAAUCAUUUGUUAGUUGGUUUUGGACAAACAAUUUGUCAAGCUAUAAAACCUAAAUGUGAUUCAUGUCUUAAUAAAAAUAUCUGUCCAUAUUUAAAGAAACAUGGAUCUAAUUCUAAGAAAUCAAUUGAAAAAAUUGAAAAGAAUGAUCUUGAUUGGUAAUGCUUUCUUGAACACUUCGAAAAAAAAAAGGUUAU